AUGGACCCUAAAAGGCAGAAGGGGCCAAUGCCUAUUUAUGGCAGCCCGGGCCCAGCUAUAAAGAGCAGUCUCCCCUGUUCUCUUUCCUCCUCUUUUUCCUCCUCUCUGACUCCCAAGAUCUCUUCUACCUCAGACCUGUCCACGCUCAUUGAUUUCCUCACAUCAGUCCUUCGUGUUUUUGUCUUCCUCCUUAAAGAACUCUGUGACAGCAUGGAAGGCAACCAGACCUUUCUGUACUUUGCCUAUGGCAGUAACCUGCUAAAGGAGCGUCUUCGCCUGAAAAACCCGUCUGCUACAGUACACUGUGUGGCACGGAUGAAGGACUAUAAACUGGCUUUUGGGAACCACAGAGGCCUUGCCAGUGACCGCUGGCACGGAGGGGUGGCCACCAUCGAGCACAGCCCUGGAGAAGAGGUGUGGGGGGUGGUGUGGAGGAUGAACAUCUCUGACCUGGAGUCACUGGACAGUAAGGAGAACGUGAGGUUAGGUGCAUACAGGCCCGUGGAGCUGUCGGUGAAGAUGAAAGGUCAAGAGGUCAACUGUCGCACCUACAUCAUGAACAGCUGUGUGUACGCCCCACCGUCACCGCAAUAUCUGAAGGUGAUUGUGAUGGGAGCAGAGCAGAACGGCCUGCCCAAGGACUACCAGGAGAAACUCCGAGCUAUCAAGACAAACAUGUAUGAGGGUCCUCUCCCUGUGAUGGCUGACGUGGAACGAGCCAGGAGGAAGAACCAGGAGAGGGCAGACCCUGCUCUGACCACCGCUGAUCCAACAACAUGCAGGAACCUCUGAGAUCACAGCUGAGCUGAGGAGUCUUCUUCGUACCGUCAGUCCUGUUACAAUAAAGCUUUAUUCAGCAGCCUG